CGAGAACAGAUGCUAAUGCACAGCUCCUUCCAGGUUAACGUUCCCAAGACUCGUCGUACAUACUGCAAGGGCAAGACCUGCAAGAAGCACACCCAACACAAAGUCACACAAUACAAGGCCGGAAAAGCCUCGCUCUUCGCACAGGGAAAGCGUCGAUACGACCGUAAGCAGUCCGGUUAUGGUGGUCAAACAAAACCCGUGUUCCACAAGAAGGCAAAGACGACCAAGAAGGUCGUGUUGAGAUUGGAGUGCACACAAUGCAAGACCAAGGCUCAAUUAUCACUAAAGCGUUGCAAGCAUUUCGAACUUGGUGGUGACAAGAAGACGAAGGGUGCCGCUCUUGUUUUCUAA